UACCAAUUACCAAUUACCAGUAUCUAAAUGCAGUAAGAAAAAUCUCAUCACGUUAAUUAAACAAUUAAUUUCCUAGAAUCAAUUCUGUCCUUUUUCAGAAAACGCAACCACGGAAAAAACGUGGCCCUCCUCAUAACCCACAAUUCGGCUCAUAAUCAUCAACAAGAAAAAAAAAAAAAAAAAAACUGAUUCUUGUUAACAGUCAGAUUCAGCAGAAAAAAGUAAGUAGACACAAGUAUUCUUGGAUUCAUGCAGGAGGCACUCAUAAUUUCAGUUCCAAUGGAAGAAGCAGUUCCAAAACCGAAAACCUUCUGGAACAAACUCACCGCACUCACAACCGCAGCUUCCAACACGUACAAAAGCAAGCCCGUCUCCCAUUGGACACUUCUAACCCUAAGCAGCAUUUCGAUGCUAGUAGCUUUCCCCGCUUCAUCUCUUCUCUCUCGUGUUUACUACUCCAACGGUGGGACCAGCAAAUGGAUCAUAUCUUGGGUGGCAGUAGCCGGUUGGCCGAUCCCCUUGCUCGUCUUAAUCCCAUCAUACUUCUUCCUAGGUUUAUUCCCCACCCCUUUAACCUUAAAACUUGUCUUAUCCUACAUCGGAUUGGGAUUCCUAACCGCGGCAGACAAUCUCAUGUACGCGUACGGAUACGCGUAUUUGCCAGCUUCGACCGCGUCUCUACUGGGGUCCACUUCACUCAUAUUCUCCGCCUUCUUUGGGUACCUCUUGGUCAAGAACAAAGUCAACGCCUCGACUAUAAAUGCGGUUGUGGUCAUCACAUGUGCGAUGGCUAUUAUAGCGCUCGAUUCGAAUUCUGAUAGAUACGGAUACGUCACGAAAAGUCAGUACGCGAUGGGGUUCGUAUGGAAUAUUCUUGGAUCUUUAUUGCACGGAUUGAUCUUCGCUCUGUCGGAGUUAGUUUUUAUAAAAUUGCUCGGGAGAAGAUCUUUUCAUGUGGUUCUUGAGCAGCAAGUGAUGGUUUCUUUAUUCGGAUUUCUUUUCACAACGAUUGGUUUAUUAGUGAACAACGAUUUUCAAGAAAUGGCGUACGAGGCAAAGGUUUUUGAAGGCGGUAAAAGCUCGUAUCUGUCUGUUCUUAUAUGGAGUGUGAUUACUUUUCAAUUGGGGAUUUUGGGAGGUACAGCUGUCGUUUUUUUAGCGUCCACUGUCCUAGCUGGCGUUCUGAACUCGAUAAGGGUCCCACUUACGAGCAUUGCAGCUGUUUUGAUAUUGCAUGAUCCGAUGAGCGGUUUCAAGAUUCUGUCUUUGGUUAUUACGUUUUGGGGAUUCAGUUCUUACAUAUACGGGAAUUAUUCUCAGAGUAAAGACUCGUCUUGACCGUGGGCGAGAGUGUAUCUCUAUUCUUUUACGAUAAUAUAUGUGUUUGUAUUUA